AUGAUUCUUCCUGUUGCAGGCCGGUCUGUGAAUGUGAAUCACCGAAGAAGCCUCAGCAACGUCUUCAAGACAGUCAGAGCAAGAUACUCCCGCGACAAGCUGGAAAAGAAUGAACUGGACACCAGCGACCCGGAGGUGACGGAAGUUGCAGAGCCCACCUCGUCAAGUAGUGAAGACUCUACCUCUGUCAAGUUGGAAAGGAGGCAAUUCUCCCCCCCUCCUCAAUUGGAUGUUCUAUCUGAUUUUUCUUCCCAUGAAUCUACGGCAGAGCCUUCUACUUUUCGGGCUGGUCUGGAAAAGGCUGUGGCUGACAUUAACAACAAGUACGGAACGCCAGCAAGUACCUGCUUGGCAGAGGGUUUGACAGAUGCCGGUGUUAGCAGACUCAUGAAUGCCAAUUCACUGCCGUUUCAUACAAGAGGUAUCUUUCGUCCUCGGUAUCAACUGCCCAUGUUCGUACAUGCUCCAGCGAGGACUGCUCAAUCUACGGCCGGGGAAUUACAGCAGCUCUCACCGACAGCAUCAGCUGAGUCUGUUUCACUAGAUACCAAAGACAACAAAGAAGGAGGCUGCCAACUGCCAACUCUUAUGCUGGACAAAGUACUAGGCCCAAGCUUCGACCUUGGAGAAUUUAUGGCUCCAGAGAAUGCAACUGAACAGACAUCUGAACUGAGUGAAUCAGGAGGGCACAUCGCAACCGAGUCCAUGGAAGUGGCAUCAUCCAAGAACUCCACACGAACUGUCGUUCGCGAAGUUGACGUGAACAGUAAUGUGGAUGUUGGGCCAGACUUAGAUGCCGAGGAACACGAAUCGGAAAACGCCGUCCCACCUGUCACAUCUAACCAAGUACCGUCGCCUCUGAUCAGAAUUACGACUAGUACUGAAAAUAUUAGUCUUCGAUCAGCUGAAUCGGUGCACUGCCAUCAAAGAAACCGUUCCAAUAGCGAUCAACCACCACGAAGCCCCUCCGGGUCAAACAUUGGAAGUUUUGAUCGUGAAAGUCUAAUAUCGGAGAUUUCCAGCAGCGAUGUUAGACGUCUACGUUCUAAAAGCUCUCCUACUAAUUCGGAGAGCUAUUCUGAAAUUAUGGUGAAACACCGUCAGCUUUCUGGGAGUAGUCGAGUCUCCAACUCAGCCGAAGACAAUGUACCCUCAGUGUCCGAGCUUGUCAGCAAGUUUCGGCAGAUGGGUUCCGUGCCAGGAACCUUUCCUGCCAACUCGCUUUCAGAUACCUCCGUUGCUCAUCCAGCUUUGAGGAAAAUAUCACGAGGCAAACAGUUUGAGACAUUUCGCAGUCGGUUUUCAAACGACUCCGAAGGAGGCUCCAGUGUACUCUCCAAUCUCGGGGAAGCGCCAGACGACUUGCAGAUAGUUGUCCCAGAACCUGGAACGCGAGACCCAAACUUUCUCUCGUCUGAGAAUUUUGAGGCCUAG